GAUGAGGCUUCUGCAGCGGAUGAUUACCUCCAGCACUCCCUUCUCUUUCACGAUACGUUGCUGUCUUCACAGGUUGUCCAAGAUAGGGCUGUGGACAACACAGUGACAUCCUCAUCGUUUUUGACGACCUCCUUCGGUACGACCGCAUCAGGAUUUAGCAGCCCCUCUCCGGUCGACAGCCACGUACUCGUUUUGCAGGUACCAUCCGCAAUGGCUGUGACGACUCUCGGAUCGUUACCUAGUGCGCAGCAUCUGCGCUCCAUAUACCCUCAGACACCCACGCCGAAUUUUCUCUGUGCUCUUAUGACUACGCCCGAGCGACGCGAAGUGUUCGUGCGCAAGGGUGGUUACAAGAUGGACUUGUGGGAGGUUACUGUGGGAGAUGACACACGCUCAAACUUCAAAGUAACAUUUUGGUUACGUCCACCUCGCGACUCGAACAACGAACAAAAUCAUGCGCAAGUUCAGCUUCUGCACACCUUGGAGCAUCUCCAAGUCGGCAACAUCAUACUUCUACGCAACAUAGCACUCACCUCUUUCCGCGAUAUCGUAUACGGGCAAUCACUAAACACCGCGAUUACUAGAGCCAGGACAUGGGUGGAUGUGCUGAUGAAGAGUAACGGGAUGUCCGCCGCGGAAGUUGGCGGGCUGCCAGCAUCAGUGGUUGAGUCGUUCGUGAGAGUCAAGAGAUGGGCGAGAUCACACGUUGCUGGAGAUACAGAUAAUGUGAGGAAGAGAAAAGGUGGCCCUUCAAGACCGGGCAAUGCUGCAAAGCAAUCGCUCACAAGCUCUGCGCGAGAUAAAGACUUACCGCCAGACACAAUG